UCGGCACUUUGCGCACGAUGUUUUCUUGAUUUUGGACAUAGGCGAUGAGUUGAAUAACCAGUCAUAUGCGAUGUGCAAGUAUGGAAGAAAGGGGAUUAGAUGGGGAAUUUAGAGGUUUUUACCCGUCUGCCUUCGGGACGCACACAACCCAGUCCUCCUCGGAAACUCUAGUGUACUCUGUCGCGGAACGACCGACUUUCAUAAGCCAUGAGUCUCUCGCGCCAUACGUUUCUUUCCCGACGAAUACCAGCGCCACUGAACCAGUCACUUUUGGGUGUUUCUUUAGCAACAGUUGUAGUGGUUUUAAAUGGUCUCAAAACAAAGUGUUUCAACCCAGUGUCAUGAAGCAAAACGAGAAUCGUCUUGUUAAAGUACAAACUGCCCAAAAACCCUUGGAUAUGACAGUUUUCAACAGUUCAACGCAACAAUACGGAGAGACCUCGUCCAAGCCGAAGGAGUUCGCUUUUUACCAGAGCUACACAGGAUCCCACCCAAGAGUUUCUGGUUAUGUUGAUUUACCUGUUGUUCACAGAGCAGUCAGCCGAGACCUCAUGAGGCAAGACGCUUGUUUGUCAAUGGAUGGCCACCGGCAGUGGGACUGGUCAAACAACUGGAGUAGUCAAAUAAGUAACUUUAAAGACCAAAUCAACCAGAACACUCAUAUCUGGAAGUCUUCAUUAACAGAGGGAACAGCAGUGAAUUUUUGUCAGCGCGGGAGAAAGAAACGGGUUCCUUACACGAAACUGCAGCUGAAAGAGCUCGAGCGCGAAUACAGCAACACCAAGUUCAUUACAAAGGAGAAGAGACGGCAGAUCUCAUCUUCUACCAACCUUUCUGAGAGACAAGUGACUAUAUGGUUUCAAAACCGUCGAGUCAAGGACAAGAAAAUAAUACCUCAACUCUCAAAAGAAUUUGAAUCUUAUUAACAUUGUUAUUAUAUUAUUAUUACAUAUUACAGAGUUUAUAUCCAUGUGUAUAGUUAUAUUACAGAUGUUGUUAGGCCUAUACCUAGGCUGUUUAGCUAUAAAAGAAGAAUAUCUUGUUUAAUCAAACAUUUUAUAAUGCUUUUCAAAUCUGCUGUAAAACGACAGUUUUUUUGUGCUUAUU